AUGGGAAACAUCGCACCCGAGCUGCUAGGAUGCUGCAAAGGCAACAUACUCUUCAUCGGCCACCGCGCACAUCUCGACAUGACCAGUUUCCGGCAUAUCAUUGACAUGAUGUAUAUGGAGUACGACAAAUCACUCCGCCAACUUGGAGACAAAAGAAAAGGCUACAUCCCUGGUGUGCGCAUCAACUGCAUCGGUGAUCAGCUGAUCAGUGAUCGUCCAUCACUCGAGACUUGCAAAGUCACCGACGGCUUCUACGAAAAGGACGAGAGCCUCCUCAUGUGGAUCGCGUCCAAACUCGGUAUCGAUCUUUUCGCUCGCACUUUACCCCCAGCGCUGCCAUGGAGAAAUCGGAGCGGCGGUUAUAAAGGCUUGAACCAUGCUUGGAAUUUCGGCUUCGCUCAACUCAACCCUUCUGAGUGGUCAGCCAGCCUGGGUAGUCUGUGUGUCGCGAGGAAAGACAAGAAGCCAUUGUUUGUGACUCACAUUGCGGCUCUGAUGGCAUAUCUAUACUCCAUCGGUAGUGGGCAAGUUCAAAGGAUUCUAGACAGCAAGGAGCCGUGGAACCUAGCCUCCAAGUUCGACGAGGCUUUCGAGAUGCACAAUGACGUGUUACUUGAAAAGGCUUCUAGAGUGGGUUUCGAGCGGUUUUGGACGAAGUGGAUGGAAGAAGAAGGGCGAUGGAAGUAUGGGGAUGUCCCUUCACCGUCCGUCGGCCUGCUUCUCCACCUCCUCCCCUUCCUGGGCCUUGCCCUCGCAACCCCAUUACUCUCACCUGCACCUCCGCCUCCACUUUCACAUGCACCCGCACCCGCACCCGCACCCGCGCCACCUCUUCCACCUCUCCACCCCCACACUCACGCCCCAAAAACUAACAUCAAAUGCCCUCUAAUCUUCGACGGCCGCAUCACCAAAAACCUAACCCUCCAAUCCUUCGACACAGCCACCGGCGGCACACCCUACAACCCCGACUACGUAAAAGGCGAAAACCGCACCUGGUCCUCAAUCCUCCUCUUUCCCAAGACCACACCUCCAUCGCGCUUCGACAACCCGCUCCUGCACAAACCAGUCGAAGUAACAAUCGACUCCGGCUCCCUCUUCCGCGCAGGCGAAAACCUGCAAACGGGAUUCCGCCGCGCAGGCCUCUUGUUCAAAGACGAUCUUAACGACGCCGGGACUGAUGCAUCGGAUAACGGUGUCGUGACAUUCCAUUGGAGUAUCCGGCAGGAUGAGCACAGGCCGUUGAAUCUGAGCCAUGAGUAUAUGAAUGUGUGGCAUGAGAAGGGUGAUUACAGCGGUAACCAAUUCAUGUUUGUGGGUGGUGUUGUGUUGGUCGGUGAUGGCGGGACAGGGCUAGAUACGAAAAAGGAGAGGGAGAUGUGGAAGGUGCAGAAUGCGAAGAAUGAGUUUGUGUUUCAGACGAGGAUAUUGAGGGGGGAAUGGCAGAAUUUGGGGGUGCAGUUGGAUUAUGUUGGGGAGUAA